GGCCCGCAGAGCGCCGCUCCGGCCGCCCCUGAAGCGCUGCCGCGGUCGCCAACCCCGACCCCCACCCUACCCCGGCCGGCCGGAGGUAACCCGGGGAGCGAGGGGCCGCGCAGGGCGUCGGAGCAGGGUCCUCUGAAGCCAGGUGUGGUGGUAUAUGCAGUAAUCCCCGCACUCAGGAGGCCGAGGCAGGAGUUGAAGGCCAGCCUGAACUGUACAGUGAGACACUCUCCCUGCCGCGACCAGGCUCUGUGCUUCGCUUCCUGUUCCUGGCGCCUCAGUGGUUGCUGUGCAUUGAUUCCAACCACCGGUGUGCGCUGCUUUCCCUUCUGGUGAAGCCGUUGCCUGUCUGGCUGCUGCCGAGGAUGCCUGUGAGGCACAGCACUGGGAGGAAGCAGCCUUGGGGCGCUGCUUGGCACCACCCCCAUGCCCUCAGCUUCGUGACCUUGGGCGGCUUAUUUAAUCCUUCCAUGUCUCAUUUUCUCUGCAAAGUGGGGCUGGCCAGUAUGCCCACCUUGCGUGUGUUUCUGUGAGAAGAUCGGAGCCGGCCGGGGGCCCAUGGAGCAGUGCGCGUGUGUGGAGAGAGAACUGGACAAGGUCCUGCAGAAAUUCCUGACCUACGGGCAGCUCUGUGAGCGGAGCUUGGAGGAGCUGCUGCACUACGUGGGCCAGCUGCGGGCUGAGCUGGCUGGCGCAGCUCUACAAGGGACGCCCCUGUCAGCCACCCUGUCCCUGUUGAUGUCCCAGUGUUGCCGAAAAAUCAAAGACACUGUCCAGAAACUGGCCUCGGACCACAAGGACAUCCACAGCAGUGUGUCCCGAGUGGGCAAAGCCAUUGACAGGAACUUCGACUCCGAGAUCUGCGGUGUGGUCUCUGACUCCGUGUGGGACUCGAGGGAGAAGCAGCAGCAGAGCCUGCAGACGGCCAUCGUGGAGCACCUGUACCAGCAGGGCAUGCUCAGUGUCGCCGAGGAGCUGUGCCAGGAAUCGACCCUGAGCGUGGACUUGGACUUCAAGCAGCCCUUCCUGGAGCUGAACCGCAUCCUGGAAGCUCUGCACCAGCAGGACCUGGGCCCUGCCCUGGAAUGGGCUGUGAACCACAGGCAGCGCCUGCUGGAGCUCAACAGCUCCCUGGAGUUCAAGCUGCACCGCCUGCACUUUAUCUGCCUCCUGGCCGGGGGCCCUGAGAAGCAGCUGGAGGCGCUCAGCUACGCCCGGCAUUUCCAGCCCUUCGCCCGGCUGCACCAGCGGGAGAUCCAGGUGAUGAUGGGCAGCCUCGUGUACCUGCGCCUGGGCCUGGAGAAGUCACCCUACGGCCAUCUCCUGGACGGCAGCCAUUGGGUGGAGAUCUGCGAGACCUUCACUCGUGAUGCAUGCUCUCUGCUAGGGCUCUCAGUGGAGUCCCCCCUCAGCGUCAGCUUCGCCUCUGGCUGUGUGGCACUGCCUGUGCUGAUGAACAUCAAAGCUGUGAUCGAGCAGAGGCAGUGCACCGGCGUCUGGAGCCACAAGGAUGAGCUGCCGAUUGAGAUCGAGCUAGGCAUGAAGUGCUGGUACCACUCGGUUUUCGCCUGUCCCAUCCUCCGCCAGCAGACAUCAGACUCCAACCCGCCCAUCAAGCUCAUCUGUGGCCACGUCAUCUCCCGAGAUGCACUCAACAAGCUCAUCAAUGGAGGAAAGCUGAAGUGUCCCUACUGCCCCAUGGAGCAGAACCCAGCAGAUGGGAAACGCAUCAUAUUCUGACUCCUGCCUGAAAGGGACUUUGCUGGAAACGGCUUUGCACUCCAUGAGCCCCAGUCUGCUUGGCGGUGGCCCUGCGGCUGGGACUUAUUUCAGAGCACUGCCUCAUGAGGGGCCGCACCAACCUGCCCUGGGUUGAAGGACGACGGCUGGCCUCGUCCUCCUGCUGUUGGCUCUUGACUUCACAGCAACCCAGCGGAGGCCCUGGCCACCAGCAAGUUUUCUGCUCCUGCCCGUGGCCCUGUCUCACUGCCAGGCCAAAACUUGUGUCUAUCCCUGCCCCACGGCCCGGGGUGUCCGUUGGGGCUCUCUGCUGCACAGCCUCACUUGUACGUUGUACAUGGCCAUUCCCACUGUACAUAGCACAGGGUAGAGAUGAAUGCCAGUGUUUUAUAACUAGGCAAAUAUAUUCACAGCCUUCUCCUUA